GAGAGAAACUCUAUAAACUCACCUCUCUUUUCCCGGUCUCCCCAUCUCACAACCAAACUAUGGGGAGGGAAGAGGACAGCUAACUGGGUCUGGACUGACAAAUGAUUGUGUUUUAACAUUUUUUCACAACAACAAUACUUCUCUUGAGUUGCAAUAUAAGGGCUGGGAGCAUUAAACCACAAUCUCUUCACAGUGGUCAUGAUACAGCCAGUACUUCUACUCCUGCUACUGGCAGCCAUGUCCUCACCAGUGUUUGGGACUGAGAUAUCAGUACUAGAGGGAACCUCUGUUACCCUUGUCUGCACAUACCUAGGGGAUAAAAAGUUUGAGACAUGCUGGGGCAGAUAUUGUGGAUUAUAUCAGUGUACUGAUCCCAUAAUGGAAGAUAAAUCCAAAUAUAAAAUUAACGCUGAAGUUGGAACAAUGAAUCUCACCAUUUUAAAGCUACAGCCAACAGACCGUGGGAGCUACUGCUGCAGAGUCUAUGUCCCUGGAUGGUUCAAUGAUCUAAAACAAUUCUACAGCCUGAAGGUAGUCAAAGGUUGUGUGAGGGACCUACUGGACAAAGUCCAUUUUCUAGAGAACAAUAUUGCGAAUCAGCCAUUUACAACCAAAAAUGCAAGUCAGUGCAGGCAGGAAUGCACCAAAAAUGACACAUGCCAGUACUUCACAUUUGUUGAUGAAAACGCAGGAAUAAUAGUCCACAGAAACAAAUGUUUCCUGAAGGCCUCAACUGGUCAUACGCCUGAAAUUACAAUACAGCACCUCCAACAUGCAACGUCAGGCUACUCUCUGAGAAACUGCAGUGGUAAAGUCACCUACUCAGUCAAGAAGUACAGCCUCGUCCCUGAGAAGAAAAACUGGACCGAAGCACAAGAAUACUGCAGACAACACUACACAAACCUUGCCAUCAUACACACAGAAGAGGAUUGGAAGGCAAUUCAAUCCUCUUUGGGUAAUUUCAGUGGUGAUGUGUGGAUUGGGCUCCAUAGGUCUGAUCCAACUGAAAAGUGGAAGUGGUCUGAUGGAGAGGACUUCAUGUUCUUUAACUGGGAAAAAGGUUUUGGUGUCCACACUGAGGGUCAUGACUGUGUCUUGUCUAUUUCAUCUCAUUGGCAACCAGUGAAUUGUGCAGCUCUAAGUCAGUAUAUGUGUCAACAAGUUCGUCAUGGUAAUGGAACAACAGAGAAGGUGUAUGAGCUGAUGCCUGGGGCAAUGAUGUGGCAGGAUGCUGUGACAGACUGCAGGACAAUAAAAGGCAGAGAACUGGCGAGUAUCUGUAACCAGAAAGAACAGGAAGCCUUUGAUGAGUUGACUACAGUGGCCACCUGGAUUGGACUUAAGCACAACAAUAAACGAUGGGAAUGGUCAAACAGAGAACCAUUUCCGGAAAGUGAACCUACCUGGGUAGGUAGAAACUGUCAACAGCUGAACUCAGACAGAAAAUGUACUCCAAAAGAUUGCUCUAAUCAAAGUGCUUUCUUUUGCUAUGGAGACGAACGUCCACUUAACACCACUGGGGAUACGACCACUCCCGUUACCCCUGAAACCACCAGCCCUACUUCAACUGGACCUCCCUCUAUCAAGACGUCCACCACAACAACUAACACUUUACUACCUACUACUAUUAAUGGACAGUCCAAUACCUCACCACCUACCACCACUAAUGGACAGUCCACCACCUCACCAACUACCACUACUAUUGGACAGUCCACCAAAACACCAACAACCACUACUAUUGGACAGUCCACCACCUCAACUUCCAGUGGACAACUGACCUCAUUAGGUCCCACCUCCCCAGACAGGAAGUCCACAUCCUCCCUCAGUAGUACAACUUCUCCACUCCAUCCUGAUUACCUGACCUACUUCAACGAGUCCAAGAGCUGGAUCAAUGCCCUGGAGUUCUGUAAAAGUCGUCGCUCUAACCUGGUGCACAUCACCAACCAGACCGUGCAGGCUGACUUGACCCAGCUCCUGGCCAAUGUGGAGCUGCCAUGUGGGGGUGUGUGGAUUGGUCUGGAGCGGUCCAUCUUUGAGUGGAGCGCCCCCUGGCUGUGGACCAGUGGUGAUGUUGAUAAGGUGGUGAAGUACAGAGAGUGGCACAACUGCUUCCCCCUCAACCCCAUGAAUUACCACUGUGGUAAGAUGGUCCGGGUUGGUAACAGAGAACUGAAGUGGCUGGAUGCUUCCUGUCAUCAGGAAUUACCCUUCAUCUGUCAAGAUCUCCACUAGAGGGCUCUCCAUGUCAUUAUGGACAGUCUGCAGACAGACACCACACUGAUCUGCCAGAGAGACUACCACACUCAUGGUCUGGAAGGAACCUGCAUUUCAAUUCAUUAUAUUAUUACACUACGAUUAUUAAUAUUAUUACUACAUUAACUUAUUAUUAUAAUCUCUAUUACAUGAUAUUGCUUAAUGAUACUCUACUUACAUAUACAAACUUAUAAGCAUUGUUAUUUGACUGUAAUGUACUGUAAUACUUUAACUAUUUAAAAACAGAGUAAAGAAAGGUAAAGUAAAAGUUAUUAACUGAAAAUAUAGUAUAACUCCUGUGUGAUCUGUACUGUUUGAGAACGUGUACUGUACUGUUUGAGAAUGUGAUUUAGUUAGAAUGUAAUUGUUAUUUUUGUACUUUCUGCAUAAACAUCCAUUUAGCAUUU